CCAUGGCAGCAAUCAUCUAGUCUAGUCUAUGGCAUUGUUUCAUGAGAAAGUGGCUUUCUAAUGGAUUUUUAGCAGUUUUCAUAUAUCCGAUAAUAACAAUAGUGAAUUCAUAUCUUGAUUCCAGAACAAAAUUGUAUCUUUCUUGUGAUAAACUGUAGUGUGUUUGUAGUGGCUGGAAAAUAGUAUCUAACUGAGCGGAAACUUAUUUAGAAAGCAACAUGGAAGCGUUGACAGUUCCGCCAUGAAUGCAAAAUAAAUAGAAAUUGUGAAGGAGGUGGAAGUAAAAAAAAAGCAAAUUUGAAUCUUCACAAUGUUGAGAGGUGGGCGUGGAGGCCGCCACAGUCCUGAGCUGUACCCACACACAUUAAAGUGCUCCAACGCAAGUGAUACUAGCUCAGCCUACAGUGGCAGUGACACCAUGACAUCAGUACACAGUUCUCUAGACAUGGAUAUGGAAGUUGAUCUCUCUGGCCUCCUGGAAUCAAUUGUAGACUCUGAUGAAGAAGAAGAUUUAGAAGAGAGCAUGGACAGCCUCACUGUCCGUGAUGCUGUCAGAGAAUGCCUCGAGAAAGAUCCAAAUGAACGAACUGAUGAAGAUGUAGAGAUCCUUCUAGAAUUCACUCAACACCUCAAAGCCUUUACAAACAUGACCCUGACUGUAAGAAGAGCUUUAUGUGCUGUCAUGGUUUUUGCUGUAGUUGAAAAAGCAGGGACUAUUGUUAUGAAUGAUGGAGAGGAACAUGAUUCAUGGUCUGUACUCAUUAAUGGUCAAGUUGGCAUUGAGCAUUCAAAUGGAGAUAUAGAAUAUCUGAAUGUUGGAGACAGUUUUGGAAUGGCUGAAGCUACCCUUGAAAAAUUAUAUCACAGAGGUAUUAUGACUACAAGAUGUGAUGACUGUCAGUUUGUUUGUAUUACACAGACUGAUUAUUAUCGUAUAUUACAUCAAGGAGAAGAAAACAUAAAACGUCAUGAAAAUGACCUUGGUAAUGUUGUGUUAGUAACUGAGUACAGGGGAGUGACAGGUGACUCUGGUCAUCAGCAGGGGCAUGUGGUAAUCAGGGGUACUCCAGAACAGCUUAUGCAGCAACUUAUACAAGACAAUGCUCGCGAUUCUACUUAUGUAGAAGACUUCCUAUUGACACAUAGAACAUUUAUAGAAAGUCCACUAGUUGUAGCAAGACAACUUCUUGCCUGGUUCUCUGAACCUUCAAUUCGUGAUAAAGUCACUAGAGUAAUAUUGCUUUGGGUCAACAACCAUUUUACAGAUUUUGAAACAGAUCCGAAUAUGAUGGAAUUUCUUGAAAAUUUUGAGAAUGCUUUAGAACAUGAAAAGAUGGAAAGUCAACUAAGGCUAUUAAACAUAGCUUGUUCUGCAAAAGCAAGGACAAGAAGUGUAACACUGUCACGUCCAUCUAGAGAUGAACCGCUAAAUUUCACUAUUCUUGGUGGCUAUGAAAAAGGAUAUGGAAUUUUCAUACUAAAAGUUGAAAAACAUUCUAAAGCAGAAGAAGUAGGAUUAAAAAGAGGUGAUCAAGUUAUAGAAGUUAAUGGCCAAUCUUUCCAACACGUCAGUGGUUCAAAAGCAAUGGAGAUCAUAAAAGGUUCUACCCAUUUGAGUAUCACUGUGAAAAGCAACUUAUUGGCUUUUAAGCAAAUGUUGUUGAUGCCUGAGAACUCACCAAGGCAGAGGGGGUGCACAAAUAUGGUACGCUGGCAAAUGGACCCAAGAGCUCGAUUAUCCACUGCAGAAUUAUUAAGUGAUGAACCUAUUGUUCUGUCACAUCAAAUAUUUCAGUCUCCCACCAAAAAACCUCAGCAAUUAAGCAUAAAGAAAGAACCACAAAAAGGAUUUAUGACACUUGGACCUAAGAGAAGACUACAAAAAGCUUUAAUGAAAAUGAACAUUCUACCCAAGAACACUAUCGCAGAUGGCUUACAUACUGAUGACAGUAUUCUCUCAAAUUCAGAAUCUUUAAACAAAGCCAAUAGUAGCACUUCAUUUUAUAAUUCUCAUAGCAACCCUGACUUGAUAUCAAUUUGUUAUGAUGAAUAUCAGUCAUCAGAUUAUCCUGAACAUGUAUUGAAAGUAUAUAGAGGAGAUCAGACUUGCAAGUACCUGUUAGUACAUAAAGAAACAACUGCUAGAGAGGUUGUUAUGUUAACAUUGCAGGAGUUUGGCAUCACAGAUCCUAGUUCCAACUUUUCACUAUGUGAGGUGUCUGUUGCACAAGGUAGCAUAAUCAAACAACACCGUUUACCAGAUCAACUUCAAAAUCUUGCCGAACGCAUUGGCCUCAGUUCUCGUUAUUAUUUGAAGACAAAUGGGGUAAGUGAAACUUUAGUACCUGAUGAAAUGGCUCCAGAGCUCCUAAGGGAGAGUGUAGUCCAUUUUUUGCAAUUAAAUGCUGUAGAAGUGGCAGUACAACUAACUUUGCAAGAUUUCUGUAUAUUCCGUCAAAUUGAAAGUACAGAAUAUGUUGAUGAUCUUUUUGAAUUAAAAAGUAGAUAUGGCACACCUAUGUUGUCACAAUUUGCUGAACUCGUAAAUAAAGAAAUGUUUUGGGUGGUGACAGAAGUUGUUAAUGAACAAAACAUAGUUCGCAGAUCGAAAAUUAUAAAACAAUUCAUCAAAGUAGCUCGACAUUGUAAAGAAUGUAAAAACUUUAAUUCAAUGUUUGCAAUCAUAUCAGGGUUAGGCCAUGGCGCUGUUUCUAGAUUGAGAAUGACUUGGGACAAAUUGCCCACAAAAUAUUACAAAUUGUUUACUGAUUUGCAAAUGCUAAUGGACCCCUCAAGAAACAUGUCCAAGUAUAGACAAUUAGUUACAACAGAGCAAGGCAGAUCACCAGUGAUUCCAUUUUAUCCUGUUGUGAAAAAAGAUCUUACAUUUAUUCACCUUGGUAAUGAUACUAAAGUCGAAGGGAUGGUAAAUUUUGAGAAAUUGAGGAUGAUUGCAAAAGAAGUUCGUACACUCACCAACAUGUGUAGUUCCCCAUAUGAUCUUCUGACAUUAUUGGAGUUGGGGAAACAGCCACCUUCUACUGCCAUGAUGGCACUAAACCAACUGACUACUGGAGGAGUACAGCAAGGCCAAGUCACAGUAAAAAGAAGGAAGAAAUCUUCAAAUGUUCCAAAUCCUAAGAAAAUGUUUGAAGAAGCACAAAUGGUCAGACGCGUCAAAGCUUAUCUUAACAGUAUGCACGUCGAGACUGAUGAAGAUCGCCUUCACGCGUUGUCCGUAGAAUGCGAAGGGAUGGGGCCGGCACCGGUCAUGCCUCGUCGACGACAUCCAUCACCCUCUCUGUCGACGACCAGCAGCGCCUCGUCCGCCAGCGAGAGCAAAAAGAGUUUCGCCGGAAAUAAAUUCGGAGCCGCUUCACCCCAGGCGGUUAGAAAAUUACUAGCGCUUUCGGAGCCUGCCAAAACGAGGCCGCACCAGCCCCGGCCACCGCCGCCGGGCCCGUCGCCGUGCUCGCACCGGCGCGACGGCUCGGCGCCCGGCAUCUGCUGCCCGCGCACGGCGCACGAGCGCUCGCACUCCGACACGCCCACGCCGCUGCCCGUGGACCUGUCGGCGGAGAGCAGCAGCGUGACGUCGCUGGUGAACCUGCCGCUGCGGAAGACGGGCUCGGCCACGUCGAGCGACAGCGGGCACGGCUCGUGCGCGGCGGGCUGCGCGCGCCCCGUGCCGCCGCCGCGCCUGCCGCAGCCGUACACGCUGGCGGCGCAGGUGGCGCGGCUGGAACGCCUGAGCCGCGCGCACUCGCACGAGGGCGUCACGCGCCCCUACGACUACUACCACGACGCCCCGGACGAGGACGACGACGACCAGCAAGUGUCGGCGGUUUAAAUUUCAAUACUCUGGAUGUCUAUUUAUAUCAUUCACCAUUUUGUAAUCUCACUCGAAGAAUAGGAAGCACGAGUUUUAUAAAUUUCUUAUUAUAUUGCUAUUAUUAAAAUAUAUGUAUCCCUACAAAUUAAGUCUAAAGACUGUAUAAUUAAGAAAAUAUCCUAGUGUUAUAUAGUGUAAAAUUUCUAUUAUUUUAAGUGAUGUCUCUUUUAACUUUAAUUAUUAUAAUGUGACCCACCAUUUUCCAUUAUUGUCUAGACUUGUUUGAUGUACCGAUUGUGAUCUAUCGCGUAUUCACUUUGGUAUCUCUACAUUCCGAUAAUUGUAAUAUAUUAUUAUAUUAGUAAUUCUUCAUUAUUUAUAUUUGUGGAACUUAGACCAAAUAAUAAUGAAUGUACCUUUUAACAUUUAUAAUUCAAUUAAUAAAUAUUUUGUUGUAAUUUGUGGUAGCUUCGUGGACCAACAAUGAGUUUGAAUGUUAUUUCUCACGGUAGCAGCUCGAAUCGUGUAUCAUGUUUUUUUUAUUAUGAUAAUGAUUGUAAAUA